CUGUAUGUGACCGCAAGUUAGUACGCGCACACUGGAGGUCACGCACACACUCAAGACAUAGCUAAGACAAAGGAAUUGCAGCCGGGAAUAAGAUUUAGACAACACUGUUUUAGAGCCUAUACAAAUGAGUCUUGUUUGAAUCAUUAUCCUGACUUAAAGACUACAUGUACAUUAUAUUACAUGGUGACAGAAGUGGCUGUUGUGUAUUUGGUCUACUGAUUAAGAAGAUUUUCAAGAAAACAGACAGCAAAUGGCAAAGAAUCAACCGAGGCUGGCUGUGAAAAAAUACCUGACGUUCAUCGAUCUAUGUACAUGUACAGGUGAAAUUAUGGAGUGACCAUGGAGAUAUUGUGUUAAGUAAGACAGAGGAUAGAUUUGUGGAGGUUGUGCUACAUGUUAUAUCCAAGCUAUAAAAAAAAACUGUUGGCAAGUGUUGGAAAAUUACUGAAUGUCAACCCAGUUCAGAACUCUUUAUUUAUGCUUUGGUUCCAUGGUUCCAGUAAUCGGGUAUCACCGGAUUCUGCACCCCUCUCAUGAUUUGUUGUUUUAGCAUAAUUUUUGGAGUAGGCCUGACUCUCAAACAGCAGUUUCAGAACAGCUGACUCCAUACUUCCACAUCAGAGAUGAGCCGAGUAUCCAGGAGGGAUUGAUCCCAAGUCCAUCCGUAGUGAUAUGCUGGUACAUAAUAACCUUGCAUUGUGUAUGCGGACUAGUCCCCGUCGCAGUACCCGCUGCUGCACUAGAGAUGCUUUCAUGAAUUUACACAAUAGAAAAUAUCGAUCCAUAUCGCCCACUAGACUUAAGCAGAACAGGCCAUCAGUACUGUGGGUUUCUUUCUUCGCGGGUUGUAUGGAAUGCGAAAGAUCGUGGAUGUUUUACGAGUCAAGACGAGGAGUUGAGCUUUUGUCAACAUUCAAGACGGCGUGCAGUAAAGGAGCAACGUACGCUGAAACAUUAACACUACAUAAUAUAUGCCUACUCAGACUAAUGAUAAACUGAUGACCUGAAACAGCCUUUCAAAGACAUAGGCCUAGAGAGUGUCGUGAAGUCCUUUCCGUGAGUCAUUCGAAAACAUGUCGAGACGAUAUCUAUUUUUUCUCGUAACUAUUUCAGCCGCAUGUUUUCUCCUCUAUUUGGUGGUGAGACACGCCCCAAUUUUGGGGAGCCACCAGAGCCACAUCGUAUCAGCAGUGAAAUUGAGAUCAGGUCAGUCAAGUGAUGUGGGGCUGCCGUCCUUUUCACUCUGCAACUGUUCUUGUUCGACUGUGAACUCCGUCACCAGAGCCGCCAAAGGCAGGCAUGCGACAACUCCCGCGUCCGGACACCAGACUGUUGUAGACGUGAACUCUGACCCCGUCCGCCAUGAUGUUGUCAUGGGAACCAGACCUUUGGGUUCCAGUGUCGUCAUCAUGGCAGUCAUGCGGACUGGUUCCUCAUUCGUCGGCGAGAUAUUUGGCCAAAACGAAAACACCUUCUACCUUUUUGAGCCCGGCAUUCCCCUCGAAAACGAACUGAUUGCCCACAAUGAAACUAGUGUUUUCAUGCAACAGUUGUACAUUGAUAUGAUGAACUCGUUGUACCGGUGUAAUGUGACUUACCUGGAUUUUUACCUCAAAAGUUUGUCAGGCAAAAACCAGAACACUAUUCUGAAAUCUGCACCGCGGCUGUUCGAUUCGCUGUGCCCCAAAAUGAAACGCGGUGGCUCGGGUCGCUUUCUGUGCGGGAAAGUUUCGCCAAUACAGUUUGUGCAAAAAUGUCGGGAGAAAAGAUCCAUUGUGAUUAAGUCUAUUCGCAUUUGGCACAUCGGGAUGUUUCUGCCGUUGAUACAAAGCGCCAACUUGAAAGUCAUUCAUCUCGUUCGGGACCCACGAGGGAUGACUGCAUCUCGAGUACCCGCCAUGAAUGUCGUUGACAACACAUCCAACAAAUUACAGGCCGAGUCGUUCACGGAGGAAAUGCGCGAAUAUCUUAUACGAUACUGCUCCCUCAGCCUGGAAAACAAAGAAACAGGCCUGUACCUUCCUAAGUACAGAGACAACUACUUUCUGCUGAGGUAUGAGGACAUGUCAUUGGAUCCAGAGAGAGUCACCCAACUCCUCUACAACUUCACUGGACUUGGUGCUGUCCCUGAGACAGUAUCUAAAUGGAUCGCUGAGAAUACCCAGGCUUAUAGACCUGGAGUAUACUCAACUACCCGAGUGUCCAGCCAAGUGUAUCAGUCGUGGCGUAAAAAGUUAGACUUCAAGACCGCUAAGGCCAUCGAGAAUGUUGGACGCUGUGCUGAGAUGAUGGAGCAUUUCGGAUACCUUCCCGUGCGGGACAAGUCGCAUCUCAAGAACCUGUCGUUUCCCCUCCUCGCUCCCAUUCCAGCGGAACACGAUUCCCAGAAAUAUCAGUCAUAUCGUUUCACAGGUUGACUAUAGGCAUGCUCCCUUCAAAUCAAAGCAACUCCAAAAAACAACCGUUCAUAACUUUGAUCCAAGAC